AUGUCUGCAUCAAUUCCUACUGAAUCACCAAUUACUACCACUACCAACACCAACACCGCUGAUAUCACUACCAGUGGUACUACUCCAUUGGCUCAUGAAGUCCCAACUCCAGCUGUUUCUUCAUCUUCAUCAACAUCAAUUGCUGGUGCUCAUCACCCAUCCUGUUCAACCACUGAUUUUUUGACUUGGAAAAACCCAAUCAAGACUGGUAAAGUUUUUGGUUCUCUUGUUUUUGGUUUGAUUAUCUUGAAAACCGUCAAUUUAUUCAACAUCUUUUUCCAUUUAGCUUACAUUGGUUUAUUAGUCUCUGCUGCUGCUGAAUAUUCUGGUAAAUUGAUUACUGGUAAAGGUUUCCUUGCUAAUUUCAAACCAACUGGUAAAUUGUAUGCUAAAAGAUUCAAUGAUGAAGUAUUACCAGAAUUGGCUAACUUCAAUGUGCAUUUGGAAGAAAGUUUUAAUAAAAUUGUCUAUUCACACGAUAUUGAAACCACUUUGAAAGCUGCUGGUAUUUCUUAUGUUUUAUAUAAAUUGACUUCAUGGUUUUCAUUAUACACUUUGAUCUUUAUUUUCGUUGUGUUGAUUUUCACCGUUCCUGUCAUUUACAAAACUUACAAGAAGGAAAUCGAUGCUGCUGUUGCUGAUGUUACCAAGAUUAUUAAAUCCAAGACUGCUGAAUUCACCGAAAAGGCUCAUAAAGCUGCUGGUCCACAUAUUGACACUUUAAUCAAAAAAACUGGUCCAAUUGGAAGUUUCAUUCAAUCAAAACUUCCAGUCAGAACUGCUGGUUCUACUGUUGGCGACUCAAAGGCAACAUCCUAUGGUACUGACGCUGAUAAAAAUAUUGCUGCUGGUAACUCAACAACUGUUCCUGUUUCCGUUCCUGCUGCUUCUGCUUCAGCUGAACCAAUUUCAACUGGCCAUUCCACUGGUGCUUCUCAAUUCCCAAAUGCUCCAACUUCUGGUUUACAUCCAAGUACCGUUGAAGAUGUUAUUAAACAAACCUCUGAAGAAGCAGAUGAAUUUGCUGACACUACGCAGGAAUCAUUCAAACAAACCUUACAUUAA